AAUCCUCCUGCUUCUUCUGCUUCUCUCUCUAUCUCUAUAGAUUUGUGGGGGCUUGCCAUUACUGUGUUGAGACCAAGCAUGGGGAGAUCAAUGCUGGUGGUGUUGAUGUUGGGUGCUUGUGUGAUGUUGCCUUGUCUUGUCAGCGCAAGCAACUCAGGAAGAAGGUCCUUCUAUAUCCAAGGCAGCGUGUACUGCGACACUUGCCGUUUUGGCUUUGAGACCCCCGCUUCCACCCACAUUGAAGGCGCUGCAGUGAGGGUCGAAUGCAAGGACAGCACCGGCACGCAGCUCGACUACAGCAUCGACACGGUGACCGACUCCAAUGGAAAAUGGGAGGUCACCGUCGAGGACGACCACGAUGACCAGUUAUGCAGCGCCGUUCUGGUGAGCAGCCCCAAGGCCGGUUGCCAGACGGUAGACCCAGGACGUAGCAAGGCCACGCUGAUCCUCACCCGCAGCAACGGAGCCAUCUCCAGCAGGCACUACGCCAAUUCCAUGGGAUGCCUGACCGACCAGCCACUCGCGGAGUGUGCCAACUUGCGUACUUACUAUCAGCUCGAUUCCGAUGUGUAGAUCGUGUCGGCGACUUUUCCGUUUUUCUCCUAAGUUUGCAUAGUUAGGCAGGGAGGGAAAAGGAAGCAGAAUAAUCUUCUUGUUUGUUCUCUUUCUCUGUUCAAGGUCAUCUCGUUGUAACCGUAAUAACAUGAAUCUUAAAUUUGCGACUGUUUGGAAUCCACAUAUUUCUUUUAACGAGCAUUUAUA